GGGUCCCACUUUUUCCCAUUUCCCAACCUCCAUAACUAUAGUUUGAGACUAUAGUACAAAUUGAGCUCUAUCUCUCUCUGAGCUUCAGAUCUACUUGAAGAGAAGUGUAAAAGACCCAGAUAAACCGUUAGCUUCCAGUAACGAUCUAGGAAACAAGAAUGGCAGUGACAGAAGCAGAAAACCCUCUUCUUGGAGAGAUCACUUGUGGCACCUUACUCCAGAAGUUGCAGGAAAUAUGGGAUGAAGUUGGUGAGAGCGAUGAGGAACGAGACAAACUACUUCUCCAGAUAGAGGAAGAGUGUCUCAACGUUUACAAGCACAAGGUUGAGCUCGCCGCAAAAUCUCGCGCUGAGCUUCUUCAGACCUUGUCUGAUGCCAAUGUUGAGCUUUCCAAUCUCACUACCGCUCUUGGGGACAAAAGCUACAUCGGCAUUCCAGAUAAGACUUCAGGAACGAUCAAAGAGCAGCUUUCUGCAAUAGCACCUGCGCUUGAACAACUUUGGCAACAGAAAGAGGAAAGGGUCCGGGAGUUUUCUGAUGUGCAGUCACAGAUUCAGAAGAUCUGUGAAGAGAUCGCUGGUGGUUUGAGUAAUGGGCCUCAUGUGGUUGACGAGUCUGACUUGUCUCUGAAGAGGCUAGAUGACUACAAGAGCAAACUCCAAGAGCUCCAGAAAGAGAAGAGUGAUAGGUUGAACAAGGUGCUUGAGUUUGUGAGCACAGUGCAUGAUCUAUGCUCCGUCCUUGGUUUAGAUUUCUUGAGCACUGUCACUGAAGUUCAUCCGAGCUUAGAUGAGGCAAAUGGUGUUCAUGCCAAGAGCAUUAGCAAUGAGACUCUUUCAAGGUUGGCUACAACUGUAUUGACUCUUAAAGAGGAUAAGAAGCAAAGACUUGAGAAGCUUCAAGAGCUAGCUAUUCAGCUAACUGAACUAUGGAAUCUGAUGGACACUCCUGAUGAGGAAAGAGAGCUUUUUAACCAUGUUACCUGUUACAUUUCAGCUUCAGUUCAUGAAGUAACCGUCGCUGGUGCUCUCGCCCUUGAUCUCAUCGAGCAGGCUGAGGUGGAAGUGGAUAGGCUUGAUAAGCUGAAAGCUAGCAGGAUGAAGGAGAUUGCAUUCAAGAAACAAUCCGAGCUAGAGGAGAUAUACGCUCGUGCUCACAUAGAGAUAAAGCCUGAGGUUGUUCGCGAGAGGAUCAUGUCAUUGAUUGACGCUGGAAACACUGAACCUGCUGAGCUGCUAGCUGAGAUGGAUAGCCAGAUAGCAAAGGCCAAGGAAGAAGCGUUUAGUAGGAAAGAGAUAUUGGACCGAGUCGAGAAAUGGAUGUCAGCUUGUGAGGAAGAGAGCUGGCUUGAAGACUAUAACCGGGAUCAGAACAGGUAUAGUGCAAGCAGAGGAGCGCAUUUGAAUCUCAAGAGAGCUGAGAAAGCUAGGAUUCUUGUCAGCAAGAUUACGGCAAUGGUUGACACAUUGGUUGCUAAAACCCGGGCAUGGGAAGAGGAUAACAGUAUGUCCUUUGAGUACGAUGGUGUUCCUCUACUAGCCAUGCUAGAUGAGUACACUAUGCUUAGGCAGGAACGAGAAGAGGAGAAGCGGAGGCUGAAGGAGCAGAAGAAGCAGCAAGAACAGCCGCACACAGAGCAAGACUCAGCCUUUGGGUCUAAACCUAGCCCUGCGAGACCCGUGAGUGCCAAGAAACCGGUGGGAACACGAGCUAACGGAGGAGGAGGAGGAGGAGGGGCUAACGAAACGCCUAGGCGCUUAUCAAUGAACUCAAACGGAAGCAAGUCCAAAAGAGACAGUCUCAACAAGCUGACUUCGCCUUCGAAACUAGUAGCCAUCUCGAAAGAGGAAGCUGCAUCAUCUCCUCCAGUCUCUUGUCCUGACCCAGUUCCAGCUUCUUCACCAUGAUAAUAUUCUCUAGUCAUUUUGUUAGUUUGGUAUUAACACUUGAGAGUAGAAUGUUACGUAGAUUUUUAUGUCUCUGUAUCAUUGAUCGACUCUUUUUUCUUCUUCUUCCAAGCCUUUGGGAGAAUGACGACUAUACUUUGAAUUUGAAGUGACCGGUUUAAUGAAGAAAAACAUUAGGGUUCUAAUUGCAAUUAUAUAAUUUAUAUGGCGUCAAAUCGUAAUAUGCUUAAAGAUGUGUGCAAUUGAAUAAUGUAAGACAGAUGUUACGACAUCGUUUUGGCAAAUUAGGAACACUUGAUGGUUGUCUACUUGUCUUCUAUAAUCUGAUGAAAGCUGCGAGGUCGCGGAGAGAGAGAGAGAGAGAGGAGGACCCAUGUCGAACCCAAACGAACCAGUCUGCCUUACUUGCAACGAGCGGACGAGUUGCAGAAACAUGAACCUCUUGUUGGUUAUUACUGUCGACUAUACGCCAUGGAACGAGGAUUGAAGAAUCAACAGAGCGAUAGAACCAAGACCACGAACUCGACCCUCAGUAAUCAACUCGAAAAGGUAUCACACCUUGAAGUUGUGAGCUUUGUCUGAUUUGUUUUCACCUGUCUUGAUUUUGUUAGUUGAUAUGUAUUUGUAAUGCUGGAGAGAGUGUAUUUAUUAUGUUCAUGUAUUUGGGAAAACAUAUGUGAAGCAACAAUACUUAUACAUUGGUACUCAGGCUUGGGGGUUUUUCUUGCAUGUUGAUGGUGAAAAUCUUGAGUUUAAUGUCGCGUGCGUUCUUAUCCAUAUGUAGCACUUAAUGUCUUUGCAAAGGAUCGUGCUGGAAGAGCUGACUUGUAAUAAUUACUUCUUCUUUUUUUGACUUA